GUUUCCUCCCAGGGUGACUUCCGGCAGGGAGGGAGGGAUCGGCCCCCAGAAGGCGGGGAGAUGACACAGUUGUUCCCCCAGCCCUGGCCGGGCAAGCAGCAUGGUUCACUCCAGCAUGGGGGCUCCAGAAAUAAGAAUGUCUAAGCCCCUGGAGGCCGAGAAGCAAGGUCUGGACUCCCCGUCAGAGCACACAGACACUGAAAGAAAUGGACCAGACACUAACCAUCAGAACCCCCAGAAUAAGACCUCCCCAUUCUCCGUGUCCCCAACUGGCCCCAGCACCAAGGUGGGCAUUCUCUCUGGCCUCCACUUAACAUUCUGGGGUCCCGGACCCUGCCUCUCUCCCCCCCAGAUCAAGGCUGAAGACCCCAGUGGUGACUCAGCCCCAGCAGCACCCCCGCCCCCCCAGCCGGCUCAGCCUCAUCUGCCCCAGGCCCAGCUCAUGUUGACCGGCAGCCAGCUAGCUGGGCUAACGGCGCUGAUGCCAGCUCAGCAGCAGCUCCUUCUGCAGCAAGCCCAGGCCCAGCUCCUGGCCGCCGCCGUGCAGCAGUCCAGUGCCGCCGCCGCCGCUACCGCCGCCGCCGCCGCUGCUGCCGCCUCCUCCUCCGCCUCCGCCUCCUCCUCCUCCUCCUCUGCCUCCUCCUCCACCUCGCAGCCCCCAGCCUCCUCUGGGGGAGGCGACCUACCACCACCACAGCCUGCCAGCCAGCCCCCCGGAACCCCCCAGCUCACUCUCUCCCAACCCAUCCAGCUCACAGCGCAGGACAUACAGCAGCUCCUCCAGCUCCAGCAGCUGGUGCUUGUGCCAGGACACCACCUCCAGCCACCUGCUCAGUUCCUGCUGCCGCAGACCCAGCAGAGUCAGCCAGGCCUGCUACCGACACCAAAUCUAUUCCAGCUACCUCAGCAAACCCAGGGGGCUCUUCUGACCUCCCAGCCCCGGGCCGGGCUGCCCACACAGCCCCCCAAAUGCUUGGAGCCACCGUCCCACCCCGAGGAGCCCAGUGACCUGGAGGAGCUGGAGCAGUUUGCCCGUACCUUCAAGCAGCGCCGCAUCAAGCUGGGCUUCACGCAGGGUGAUGUGGGUCUGGCCAUGGGCAAGCUGUAUGGCAAUGACUUCAGCCAAACGACCAUCUCCCGCUUCGAGGCCCUCAACCUGAGCUUCAAGAACAUGUGCAAACUCAAGCCCCUCCUGGAGAAGUGGCUCAACGACGCAGAAACUAUGUCUGUGGACUCAAGCCUGCCCAGCCCCAACCAGCUGAGCAGCCCCAGCCUGGGUUUCGACGGGCUCCCUGGCCGGAGACGCAAGAAGAGGACCAGCAUCGAGACAAACGUCCGCUUCGCCUUAGAGAAGAGCUUUCUAGCGAACCAGAAGCCUACCUCAGAGGAGAUCCUGCUGAUCGCCGAGCAGCUGCACAUGGAGAAGGAAGUGAUCCGCGUCUGGUUCUGCAACCGACGCCAGAAGGAGAAACGCAUCAACCCCUGCAGUGCGGCCCCCAUGCUGCCCAGCCCGGGGAAGCCGGCCAGCUACAGCCCCCAUCUGGUCACACCCCAAGGGGCCGCGGGGACCUUGCCGUUGUCCCAAGCUUCCAGCAGUCUGAGCACAACAGUUACUACCUUAUCCUCAGCUGUGGGGACGCUCCACCCCAGCCGGACAGCCGGAGGGGGCGGGGGCGGGGGCGGGGCUGCGCCCCCUCUCAAUUCCAUCCCCUCUGUCACUCCCCCACCCCCGGCCACCACCAACAGCACAAAUCCCAGCCCUCAAGGCAGUCACUCGGCUAUCGGCUUGUCGGGCCUGAACCCCAGCACGGGAAGCACAAUGGUGGGGUUGAGCUCCGGGCUGAGUCCAGCCCUCAUGAGCAACAACCCUUUGGCCACCAUCCAAGCCCUGGCCUCUGGUGGAACCCUGCCCCUUACCAGCCUUGAUGGCAGCGGGAACCUGGUGCUAGGGGCGGCCGGCGCGGCCCCAGGGAGCCCCGGCCUGGUGACCUCGCCACUCUUCUUGAACCACGCUGGGCUGCCCCUGCUCAGCGCCCCGCCUGGUGUGGGCCUGGUCUCUGCAGCCGCUGCGGCCGUGGCGGCCUCCAUCUCCAGCAAGUCUCCUGGCCUCUCCUCCUCCUCCUCGUCCUCCUCGUCUUCAUCCUCCUCCUCCUCCACUUGCAGUGAGGUGGCAGCACAGACCCCCGGAGGCCCAGCGGGGCCCGAGGCUGGGUCCAAGCCCGAGUGAGGACCCGCCACCGCCUCCCCUCCUACUCCUCUGACCCCACCUCAGUCCCCUGCCUGUGAAGAGGAUGAGGUGACCAGUGGAGGGGACACAGGGGGUCCCUGGAGCAGGAGUGACAAGGGAGGAAAGACCAAAAAAACAACCAACUAACCAAAAAAAAAAAAAAAUCAACAAAGAAAACCAAAAAUAAUCACAACAGAAACCAGCUGCCCAAAGGAACCUGAGGUGAAAAACAAAAACAAAAUAACCUUUACAAAACCAGUCAAGCCAAAAACCAGUCGCGAGCCAGACCUCAGCGUGCUCAGCCUCACCGCUACGACACCAAAUACGAACCCAGCCGGGGGCGGGGGGAGAAGCCUCUGGCAGGGUGGACCUCAUGCUGAGCCCCUGGCUGUGGGGCUCACCCCCAGCUUUGCCUCCCCAGCGGGGGCCAGAGAAGGAAAGAGAGAAUGUGCCAGCUUCCUGGUCCUAGCCCUGGCCCUGGGCCUGCGAAGACAGGGCACAGCCCGGACCAGAUGGGGUAGGGCUCAGAGCCACCCACCAAAUGUUCUUUUCCAGAAGGUGAAAGAGAAAGGGCCUGAACAACCUUACACCAAAUAUUCAGUAGCUUCAUCCAAAGGAUGUACAGAAUUUUUAGCGUUGCGCUCAACAGAAUGUGUCCCUCCCCUGUGUCCCCCUCUUCCCUGGCCCUGAGCUCUCCCCACCUGGGCAGGGGGUCUUGCUUGAGCCUCCUCCCUCCCCCCAGCCAGGGGAGAGUUCAGGGGAAAGCCUGGGGAUGACUUUUCACCCCCUGCACCUCCCCACUUUUCCCUUUGAAGGGUGGGCUAGGCCUAUUUGCCAAGUUCUAGCUCUCAAACGUCCUUACCCCACUCUGUCACCCUCCUCUGCUCUGGAAGUGACUGCCCUCCCCAGCCUGUGGGAGGGUGAAGUUUCAGGCAAGAGGGGAUAGGUGAGGGCAUUCGAGUUGUCUUUUUUCCCAUCCUCCUCUGUCAGUUUCCCUGAAAAAAAAAAAUUCAUAUUCCAGUGCCUAUCCGUGGGAUCCUUCUUCACGUUCUUUGACAUUAACCAGAAACCAAAAAGAGAACUCACCUCGCUCUUCCUACCCCAUGUACCCCUGAUACUGGCAGAUGCCUCUUCCUCACCACCCCCCUCCCCACAUGCACACACGCACGCACCCCAGUGGCGGGCUUCCUCGAGAUGCCUUCCCCAUCAGGGUCUGUGUGGUAGGGACAGUGCCAUGACCUGUGGUCCCCAUCCGAGAGGGCGCCUUGGUGGCCACCACUCCCACAAGACCUCCCUGGAGUCUUGGCCAAACCCUGUGUUUGCCCAGGCCUGGAUACAUCUUGACAACAGAGAACAGACGUCGCUGGGAACCACCUUGCCCUCCUGCUAUUGUGGAGGCCAACGAAGUUUUGAACCAAAAACAAAAAACCAAGCAAACAAUAAAUUAAAACUAGAAAAAAAAAGAAUUUAUAUAUAUAUAUAUAUAUAUUUAAGGGAAAGAAGAUUAGGACUCUUCAAGAAUAAGAAGGAACCGCGAGGUGGAGCCAAGCCCUGCACCAGUGGUCCGGGCCCUUGGUCCCCGAGGCGGAUGGAAGGAUGGAUGCUUCUUUCUCUUCACAAAAUACCUCAUGGACGUCGUCUUCGGGAAAGCCGGAGGGGGGCGGCUGGGGCAGGGCCUGUCCCUCAGCCCAGGUGAUGGAAGUGGGGGGGCAGGGCUGAGAGAGGGUGUCAGGGACUGGGGUGAACAGCCCCAAACUCCCCGCCCCCCCAAUCAACUGAAAAAGCUUUAAAGAAAAAAACAGGAAAAAAAAAAAAAAAACGGAGUAAGGAAGCAAAAAGAAUGGACGAAGGAAAACUAACAAACUUUCCAGUGGUUUGAUUCCUCCUUUGAUUUCUUUUUCUGUUCUUUUCUGUCUGUCCCUUCUCUUGGUCUUUCUCUCUCUCUCCUUUCUGCUCUUCUCCCUCUUUGCUCUCUUCUCUCAUCUCUCUCAACCUCUUUCUUUCUGUGUCUCUCCUCAAACCAAAGUGUUGCUGUGAAGGACGCGAGCCAUUGAAAUCAGAGCGGAGUCUGGCAGCGCCACCGCGUGGCACUUGCCCUCAGUGGGCCAGAGCAGCGGGAGGGAGGGAGCAUCUGGAGCUGGCAGUGCCGCUGCCCAACGGCUCCCCGACUUUCUGCUGGAUGCUCGCUCGAGGAGAGGCAGACGGAGCCUCUGAUGCCACCCUGGGCCCCAAGGCCUCAGCGUUCUCUCUUGUUUCCUUGUCUCCCUUCUCCCACUUGGGGAAUGAAACUGCUGGGCUGGGCCACGGAGGCAACAGACACUGGGCCACAGCAGGGGCCUCAGGUGCCUGGUCUGGGCCGUGAUGGAGUAGCUGCCCCUCCCACCCCUGGCACGGAUGGGCUUGGCACGUCAGCAACCCAUCCUCGCUGGAAUGUAAGCAUCUCCACUGAACCAACUCCCUGCCCUUAUCCUACCUCUGAGUUUGUCCAUUUUUAUUUCCUGAAGAGAGAAGGGACUAACGAGAGAGCCUGGGCCCCAGCCCAAGGGUGGAGAGGAGGCUGAGGGCUCCUGAGCAGAUAGGAAGGACAUCUGAGCAGAGCAAAAUGAAAGGAAGUACAACCAAAAACCCCUCCAAGAAGACAGGCAGCACAGAAGGCAUGGUGGAGAUGACUCAAACAGAAACUAUGAUUCUAGACCAAAAAAAAAGGAAAGAAAAUCCAGGACUCACCACCACCCACUUCAUCCUGCUUUCUCCCUAUCAAGUCCUGCCACCUGGGACCUCUCCUCCACCCCAGUGUGGGGGGAGUGGGGCAAAGAGCAGAGGAGGAAGCAGGGGGCAGGGAUGGCGCAGAUGCCCUGACGUUGGUGGAGGGACCCCCGUGCAGCCGGGGGUAGUGGGGACCCUCCCCAUUCAACCCCCCACACUGGGAAAAGAAAAAAAGAAAAUUCCUGGGAGGGGGGAAAAUAACCAAAUCCCAAGCUUUAACUACAGCUGUGAAACCAAAUAUUGGGAAGGGGGUGGGAGGGAGGGGCAGGUGAGCCCCAGGUCUCCCCCCUGGGCCUCCCUUCCCCCGAGGACUCGAGAUAAGGCACCAAAUACCUCAUAGAACUUUAAUGUUAAAAAAAAAAAAAAGGAAACCAAAUAUCGUUGGCUGGGGGCCAGCCAGGGCAAGGGGCUGGGGGGCUGGAGGGAGCCAGGGUUGGGAAGGUGAUGGGGGAAUUCAGGCCCCCCACCCCCCUCUGCCCCUUCCACUCCAGUCCCCCGUCUCGACUCCGGGAAACAAAACUAUCUCAUCGUUUUUAUUUUGUGGUCUGUACAGAGCCUGUGUCCGUGUGUCCGUGUGUGUGAGCGAGAGAGUUGAGGGGUUGGGGAUUUGUUUGUAGGGGAUGGGGAGGGAGACCCCAGGCCAGGCUCUGAGAUAGGUUAGAUGUCCGAGUUGGGGGGCCAGGGGCCUGGGGUAGAAAGAGAGAUGAGUGGAUUGAAGGAAGGGGGAGCCCUCUGAAUUUCUCUUCUCCCCAACCCUGACCUCUUACUUAAGAGGGACCUCCUACUGGGUCUACCCUAAUGGUGGGCCUUUUAAUUGUGCCAAAAAAACCCAAAAAAUUAUGCCAGUAACUAAACCACCUCUCUCUGUUCUCUUCUGGUGGGUAGGGGCUGAAAGUGGGAGGAAGGGGUGGGGGAGGGGGUGUAUGUGGGGAUGAGUAGAGGUGGGGAACCCAAGCCCCUAUAGGAGCUUAAGCUAAGAUCAGGAGGGCUGGGGGAAGGAUAUUAGUUUUCCGUACAUACAUCUCCUUCCUGGGAAGGGCCAAGAGAGCAUCUCCAAGCCCCACACCUUGGUAAGAUGAGAUGGGGACUAGUCAGGUGGGGAGCGAUCUCCUGAGCUGACUGGAUUUCCUCACUCAUUGAAAUCCCAGGGUGCUUCUCUCUUCCUCCAGCCCAGGGUGAGGGAAACUGAGUGAGAGAAUGAGACAGACUGAGCGAGACUGAGACACGCGGGCCCCCACUGGUCUCUGAGUGGGAAAGGCAAGUGCGAGAGAUAAAGACCUCCAAGAGAAAAAAGAAACAAACCAAAGAUUUAACCAUUUAAAAAAAAAAAAAAAAAACCACAGACAACUCCGCUACCUUUUUAUACGUUGGAAAAAAAAAAGUGAAAAAAAAUUAAAAAAUUAAAAUUAAAAAAAAAAAAAAACACAAAAACUCCAA